AGCCACAAAGUAGUCCAGCCUACAUGUCCAAGUUAAGCAUCAGAACCCAUUUUGGCACUCAGGUUCCUUAGUUUUUAUCACUGUUUGUGAAUAUUUUUAUUUUAUUGUCACUGAUACUCUUGGUAGAGUAACAUUAAAAAGAAAAAGGUGGGGAGGAAGCCAAUCUUCUUAGUAUUACAAAUGCAGUUACAAAAUGUUUUUAGGUUACUGAUAGCAUCUGGUCACCAGGAGCAUAACGUGGUAGCUCACAUGAAAUCAGGAUAUGUAACCACAGUGUGUAGUUCAUGAAAUGCUAUGUCUUUCAGCUUGCAGAAAUUGCAACUGGCCUAAUAACCAAAUGCAAUGUUAAAACAUUGCAGGUGAUGGUCUCCUACAUGAGCAUUUUCAGAACCCUAUAAAACUCUGCAGCCGAGGUGUGAGUGCUGUACUUCUGGAUACAGUUCUUAAAAAAGGCAGGCUUUUCUGUCAGCGAGGUUGUGGGCCUCCAUGUAUUGAAAGUGCUACAACUUCUGUCACGGGCAUGCCAACCUGUGUGUUUUAAAUCACUGGGAUUAAUGAGGUGUGCCUUCCUUAUUUUUCUGCCAAAUUGUGUGUGUCACAUCUAACACGUGAUGUUUCUGCCUUCCGGCAUGCUGUGUGCCUCGGUCCUGCCCUUUUUGGGUGCAAGCUCCUCCCCUGGAAUCUCGAAAAGACUUAAAAGCAGAUGGUUGUGCAGCUUCUUGCUGUGCACGGCAGAGAAGGGGAUCCACCCUCGGGCUGUCAUUUCCUGGCACUGGUGGUCUUCCCAACUGUUCAGGUAUUUGUAUCUAAAAUAAGCUGGAUGGUGAUGGGGUAAAUCUGUAUGAGUAUAAAGUGGGAAAGUUUCUCAGUGACUGGGGAUGUAUCUUUUAAUAAUCUAAGGACUUUGACUAACUGUGCUUCUUUAUCAUGCUUGACAUUUUUAUAUUGCCUUUGGAAUAGUUUGAGAAGAGAUUCUUCUUUUGCUAUUUGACUGUCAAGUUAAAACAAUGGCUUCAGAAAUGUUUGAGGUUUUGUGCCUUUUUGUGGAAGAAGUGACUGUGUAAAUGGAACUAACUGUACUGAAGCUCAAUGAAUCCUUCAGAGGAAUUAUGUCUUCUGCAGCACUGGUUCCACUAUCCUUCAGCUACUUUUAAGUUUUUAGGAAUGGAGAAACUGAUGGUUUGUGUGCACAAAAGGCAAAAUGCUCUCUGUAGGCUGAUUUGCUUUCCGUGGGCUGGAGGUGGAACUUCUCUUCUUGCUCAGUGGGGCAAACAGUUAAGCAACUCAAUUGAAGUGUUCUGUGUAAGGUAUCCUGGAAGAGAAACUCGUCUUAAUGAGCCUUUUGCAAAAGACAUGACAAGCAUGGUUAAUGAAGUUACAAGUGUUUUGUUAAAAGACCUUCAAGAAAAACCAUUUGCUUUUUUUGGUCACAGUUUUGGAGCUUACCUGAGUUUUGCAGUGGCACUACAUUUGAAAGAAAAGUAUGGACUAGAGCCGGUCCAUCUUUUCGUGUCAGGGGCACAUGCCCCAAAUUCUGAAGCAAUUCUUCCAUUCAAAAGCAUUUCUGUAUCUGAUGCAAAAGAUGAAGACGUUAUUGAAUAUCUACAAACUGUAGGAGGAACUCCUUCUGCGCUUCUGCAUAACGAAGACGUCAGGAAAAAUCUGCUGCUUACUUUUAAAGAAGACUUUAGAGUGUUACAGACAUUUUCUUUUGAGAAGGCAGAAAUGGAUAUCCCCUUCUCUUGUGAUAUUACCUGCUUUAAUGGGGGUGAUGAUAAACCAUAUGAUUUACAAGGUUGGCAAGAACUAACAAGUGGAGAUACAUCCUUUUAUGAGCUUCCUGGAGGUCACUUUUAUCUGCUAGAACCCUCUAAUGAAAUUUUCUUGACAAAACACAUAACAAGAUGCAUAGAAAAUGCUGGUCUAUGACUAUUUCCCUCAAUUUUAAUAGCAGAAGGUGUAAUAUUAGUCCACAGCACUUCAUAAGUCAUUAUUUCUGCAUGCAGUUAUGCCUGAGUUGUUCUGUUCGUCCUCUGUAAUCCUUUAAAAGGGGGAGUUUCCUGGGUUUUUCUGAAAAUAAACAUUGGCUUUGUCUUAAAAAAACAGGUUUCAUCUUUUCCCUCUUCUCAUCUUGCAUGUGCACAAACUCUUCACUUCAUUCCAUAACCUCAUUUGAAAAAAACGACAGCUAUGUUAUUUUACUUCUAGAGCUUCUGUUUGCCUGCUUCUGUAAAAAUGCUAAAUAUAAUUUAAUACCCACAAAAAUCCACAAUUCUUACAGAAAGCUUAAUUUAUUAGGUUCAAAUUUAUUUAGAAUAAGAUACAAUCUAAAAAUAGAGUAUGUAUAUAAAUACCCUUUACAGUCAGCUUAUGCUUAAAAGAUAUUAGUCAGACUACACAGUAAGGAGUUAGUAUUGCAGUGUUCUCAACAGAGUUAGUUCAUUAGCUACUGAAGAGUUAAUUAUUAGUGGGAAUUACUUGAAUAUUCUAGAUCCCAUAUUUUUCUACCAUUGCUUUUGCUUUAGAGAUAUAGGCAUUCAUGGCAUCCUCCUUUGAUAAACCUGUAAAGGAAAGUAGGAAUCAUUAUCUUUCCUCAUUUGUCCUCUAAACAUGACUACAUGAUGUAAAUUUAAUUGGUUAAACACCUUUUUUCAGGUUCCAUGCCUCCCAUUUGGCUUUGCCUUUCAAAUCUAGCAUUCCUGGACAUUCUGCCAAAAUAAAUGCAUACAUUUGAUUAUCAUGCCAAUUUACAUAACAUCAGCUUGAUUUCAUCAAGGUAUGGGAGUAAAUGUGAAGCAUAUGUAGGAAUACCAAUAUUAAUAUCUCCAACGGUAGCCUGUUUGUAGAAUCCAUAUAGUUCCUUCAGUUCUUCAUCAGUUGGUCUUGUUUUUAAUUUUUUUACAUCUUCUGCAGCACCAUCAAAGUCAGCCUGAUGAAAGAACAGAAAGUGUUGGCUUUCCUCUCAAGGGGCGUGCUUAAAACAUGAGGCACAGGGCACACAGUAGUAUCAUUACAUAUUCUCAAUCACUCGCUUGGGUUUAGUGGUAAGUCGAGGUGUUUAUCCAUGAAAGAAGCUUAAUGAAACUGUACAUCAUUAGAAGAGGAACUAGGAUUACAUAGCUGAUAGGGUCUGUACUUCUAAUAUAAAUAGUUUUACAUCUAAACACUUGGAACCAUUACAGACUGUGUAGUGUCAGAAUAGCUACAGAUAUAUUCAUGCAGGCAGCCUCCACAUUUUAUGUAGUGCGUGUCUUUCACAGUCACACUGUGGGUAUGAAGGUGUUCAUUGAACUUUACACCCCAGCAGUAAUCUCUGCUUCCAUAGUGUUGAUUCGAGUGGUGGAGCUUGAAAACCCUCUGAGGGGCACUGCCCACUUCACCCUUCAUUUCCACAGCUCUGCUGACAGCAGAGUAGGUGAUCAACAGCUGGCACAGAGACACCUCAUGGGGAUGAGCAGUGCUACUGCCAGGACCACCUUCCACACCCAGCUCUCAAACACAGUGGAGCACAAGAGUGCACUGUAAAUGUACUCCUUUCAUCAUCAUGCAUCACACAUUCACAUCAACUUGAGGCCAUAUAGUAAGUCUUGGGCUAGACUUUGGCAUUCUGUCUCAUGCUCAGGACAUUUCAGAGAGAUAGAUUUCAUACAGUGACCACUGACCCAUCAGGUCACUGCACUACUCCAACACAAAAAGGUAUAGGUACUUUCAUAUGCUAUAUGCUGGUUUCAAUAAUUAGUUUAGCUUUUAAGUUGGAUCUGCAUUUGCAGAAGCACACUAUAUCCUGCAAGAUGUGCUAUGGCACACACACACACACACACACACACACACACAUAUAUAUAAAAUGUAAAAAAAAAUCUUAAAACUUGGGUCUUAAAAUCAGCAACAUAUUCAACAUUGGUUUCAGCAUGUAUGCUGUGGCUCUGUUUAAAUCACUGAGAUCCUAGCAUUACCUCAGAAGUCUGUACUGUGCUUCUUUAGACCACCUUUUCCCUUAGUUAUAGGAAAGACUUUUUUUUUUUUUUUUAAAUAAGAAAACCUAAUGCACGUUUGUCUCCUUAACUGAUGCCUUUCUCCUUGGCAACCGACUGCUGCGUGGACCAGGUGAUAGAAAUAAGCAAGUAUGAAUGAGAGCUGGACUCACUAUAGCAUUCUUUAUUUAAACAGAGAAAAAGUACAAGAGAAAGGCUAUUUCUGGUUUUAAAUCUAAGAAUAAAAAAUUGGAAAUAAUUUAAUUAGAGAGUGAUGCUCAUGGAUCUUUCUUCACGGAAAGGCCCCUUCAUGGAAUCAUGAAACUAUGUAUUCAUUGAUGUAAGGAGACAUCAGCUGGUGGCUGCAUUAAGGCAGGAGUAGCAGGUAAAAUAGGGUAAGGGCAGGUAGCUGAGUGCACUGCAGCUUCCUGCACAGAAAACUGGCCACUCUCCUACUAAAUGAGUCACCUCUGUCUCCUGAGAUGGAAUUCACUUAUUUUUUUUUUAAAUUUUGGUAUGGAAAUUUAGUUUGGCUAGUGAGGUUCCCCAGACACAAACUUCUGAGGAAUUUCUAAUUUUUUUGCAAAAUUUUCAACUGCCAUUUGAAACCCACCAAGGGAAAGCACAAGUCUCCUAAG